GCGCUGGCCACCAUCAGCAACAUCGCCGGCCGUGUAGCUUCCUCCCUCUCUCCCAUACUGGUGACAACACCAGCCUGACUUGGUCGAAUCCUUCUGCCAAACCACUGAGAGUGCCAUUGCAGACUGCUUCGAUGCCACCCAGUCUGGCCGGCCUGACUCCAUUGCCUUUGCCACUUCUAGCACCCUCUUUGCCACUUCUGCCUGGUCACGAGCGGAAUCAUCACUGUCAUUCUCUGCAGCACUACUCUGGUGGAUGGGAUGCUGAUGAUAUGAUGCAGACAAACACUAAUGCCGCAACUACCACUUCUCAAACAGCAACCUUUAUAACAAAUGGAUCAACCUGCACAGUUCGCCGCCCCCAGGCCGUUCUGAAUCGAUUCUAUUCUUCUGGCAUGGCAGAUGCCUUCCACGAUGCCUAUUCGUGCGGGCGUAUGACAGCCCACUUGGACUGGUCUCGUGCAUGGUCUUUGGUAGGAUCACCAUAUCCGUUGCCCUUGCCGCCUCCAUACGGGAGCUACACUGCUCCGCUGGGUGCUUGGCUCGUGGAGCCUCUGCUAAUAACUGGAGCCGCCUCCUCACAGGUAUACACUGGUUGUUGGCCGCCCUACGGCAGCCGAUCAAGCUUAGUGUUGGUUCUGGCCGGUGAAGUGAUUCGUUUACGUGGAGCUAACCUUGAUUGCGCGCACCAUUUUCCACUGCUAUUGCUGUGUACUCUGCUUGGUUAG